UCCGUGACGUAGUUUUCUUCGAUGGUUUCUCAGUAGGAAGCCAUAAAAGCCAAUUUCAUCCAGAAUCUUCUUCUCACCCUUCUCUUUCUCUUCCCCUCCUCUUCGCUCUCUCUCUCUCUUUGGAUCAAAGAAGAAGAUGGGAAGGACAUGAUUGUGAGCUGUCUCCAGUUUUGACUUCAAUUCAUCUCUUAAAAUCUAAUUGACCAAAAUCAAAUCUGGCCGAUCUAACCAUGGACCCUGCCGAAGAUGAGACGGGGCAUCUUCCUGGAUGGUUGACAUCAACAGUAUCCCCCAUGCCGGACUAUACAUCUGACCUCCUCAACACGACAGAACCACCCAAGAGUGGUCGGCCUGUGACCUUCGACCGUGACGUCCGUAUCGUCUCUCUCUGGUUUCUUUUCGUCCUUGGAUUAUUCGGGAAUAUGUGCGUGUUCAUGUGGCUCUGGAUGAACAGACGGCGCAAGUCACGGGUUAAUAAGAUCAUCUUUGGUCUAGCUGCAGCCGAUCUCUGCGUAUGCAUCUUCACCAUCCUAGGAUCAGCAUUAUUCGAGAUGCUCUACUACCAAUGGCUGGCUGGUAAUUUCAUGUGCAAGAUUAUAAUGUACAUGCAGACCGUAUCCAUCAUGGCUUCGAGUAACAUGCUAGUCUUGAUAGCCAUCGACCGUCACCAAGCUGUCAGGAGUCCUCUGAAAGAAGGACUUCCCGCCUGGCGCAUGGUAAUGGCAGCUUGGGGAUUCGCGCUUCUCCUCUCCGUCCCUCAGCUCUUCCUCUGGCGUGUCAAGAAGCAUGGCAACAUUGAAACAUGCGGAACCGAUUUCAAACUUCGUCCAGACUGGCACCGCAUGGCAUACCUUUCCUAUGCCGCCGUCGUCACGUUCUUUAUCCCAAUCUUGAUCAUUUCCGUCGCAUACGCUCGAAUCUGCAAGAAGAUUUGGGACAAAGCCCACGACACCUCAUUCGGUCGGCGACCUGUUGGUGACUUCAUCCAGCGUGGCGGCAAGAUGCGCAUUCAGAGUACGGGAUCAACCUCGCUAAACCGCGCCAAGAGUAAGACCCUUAAAAUGUCGUUCGUCAUCAUUCUUGCUUUCGUUAUCUGUGGACUUCCGUACUUCAUCGUCGAGAUCAUGAAAUGUUAUAACGUUUACAAGAUUCACCGCUUUGUAUAUGGUCUUCUGGGAAUCUUCGCCGCGUCCAACUCGUCGGCGAAUCCUUACAUCUUCCUCUUGUUCAACAGGGGUAAGUACGGACGAUGGGCAGACUGUUCUACUGGGUUCUACAGCGGCAUUAGGAGACUUAAUAGACGUCAUACCGAAUUCGAUGCUCCUCGUGCGAAUUCAUCCUCAAGCAACUCUCACUUCGAAACCAUGAAAACGAUAGUGGACAGUAAUAAUGCAUCAUUCAAGGGAAGAAAUGGAACAGUACCGAAUAGGAACAUUUACAAACCGGUCCCUCAAAUACGAGAACACAAAGUUUAGCAUGUUGACAUUGUAUAGGAGAAAGACUCAACAAUGCAGCACAAAACAUCUAACUUGCCUUCAUAAGCUUAUGAAAAAGAGAAAUAUGGACUAAAAUAAUAUUAUUUGGACAGAAUUGAUAUGUAAAAUAGUACUUGAAUAUGUAUACAAAUAUAUUUCUAUAUGAAUACGCUAAUAUUUACUUAACAAAUACCAUGAAUACAGUUCGUAUUAGUUACGUCGCUGAUAAAAAAACAUGCUGUGUCCUCCGCCUGUAGUUGCAUUAAUACCUCAAUGGUGCCAGCUGUGAAGUAUAUGAACACUAGUUGCGCUAUUACCCAUGCUAAAUUUCGGAAGACACAGAUGGUUGAUACUGCGGAAGCAUCGUCUUGACGAGAUAAUGAUAUAUUUAAACUUGAUAAGUCGAUUGAAUAAACUUCUAAUGUUGAAAUGGCCAAUUCCACUAACGUCGCGAGAUACUUGGUGGGUGUAUGUAUUUUGCCAUGUCUAAAAAUGAUAUAACACUCUUUAAGUCAAGCUGACAAGAUAACCAUCUCGCCAUGUUAACAUAUAAACUUUUAAAGCUGACUUGGUGAGAUGAAGAAUCUCGCCAUGACGACAUAUCACUUUAUUAAAAGCCGAUUUGGCAAGAUAACUUAUCUCGCAAUGUUGACAUGAUAACGCUCUAAUGGCAAGAUAAAAUAUUUCGCUACCUCGUCAAAUCGUUAAUUUUUUUUCUGCACAAUA